AGGUGUCACCCUUGAUUUGAAGCUUUCGUAACUGCAGGAAUCCAUACUCUUUGGUAUACAAUAGUAACGAAUUGGCCACGUUCUGUUUACGUGACAACCCCCUUUACUGAUUGACUGUGUCGGGUGGCGUCGGCUUUAACGACACAUAUUUACGCGAUCUAAACCAAACAAAAACAUUCUUAUGAAUUAGUGAUUGGCUCGAGUUAACAUUUUUUUUUAAAACCCCGCAAGAACAAUCUAGAUUUGAAGUUUUCGUGACUACAGAGAUCCAUACUCUUUACUUCUUUCGGUAAAGUCCCGAAACGUCGUUAUCCCGCACCAACAUUUGAAACCGCGCUUGCAAUUUUUUUGCAAAUCGCCGCGGUCCCUCCCCCCUGACUGCAGCGCGUUGCGGAAACACGUGUUCGUCAGCACCCCCCGCAGCCUGCCGCCGAUCGCGUUUAAUUCCGGGGAAUCCGGUCUUAAAGUCCUCGCGGUUUAAAAAAAAAAGACACACAAAGAGGUUGUCGUCGCGAUUACCGAUGGCGUGUGCAGUGGCCACCCCAUUGCUGGAGCCGAGCGGGGACUUCCCGGCGUGGCUGGAGGCGCAAGGCGUGAAUGCGGAGGUGGCCCGGGCCAUGGACUCGGAGCUGGGCAUCCGGGACUACGGGGUCCUGCGCGCCUGCGUCGGGGACGGCCUCGUGCGGGCCGAGCUGCUGGCCACGGCGCGCGACCGCCUGCCCUUCGGCUUCUACGCUGUGCUGCGGCAGGUGGUGAAGGCCCUGCAGGGUGCCGAGCCCCACGACGCUGGGACGCCGCGCUGGGACGACGCUGCUUCCUCCCCUGGUGAUGUGACGCUGGGAGGCCUGGUGGACGUGCUGCUCGCGCUGUUCAGUGGCUUGAGCCGCGAGCUGCUGUUGUCCGCACAGAAGCUGGGAGACAUGGACAAAAAUGGAACAUGCGCUGUUGGUUCCCCUUCAGCCACCGGGGCUGAAACACCUUUAGACAAUGAGAUUCAUGAAAUGAAUGAUUACGCAGUAAAUGAUGAGGGUGGAGAGAACUCAUCUCCAGACAAGGACGACAUGGAGCCCCACCAUACAUUUUUUCCAGUAAAAUCAGAGGUUGAUAAAGGUAGAGACAACAGUGAAGGUCACUCCGGAUUCAUCAUCGAAGAUGCAUUCUUGUGUAAAGAGGUGGGAUUGGACGUCAUGAACGUUGUGAAAGUUUCACAGAUUGAGGAGCAGACAGAGAGCCACGCUGAAGUUGAAGACAAGAGCACUGUGCAUGUGACCAGAUUUAUCAAGGCAACAGAGCACAUUCCUGAGAGAGUGGAGGCUCUGAGCAUCAAUGACCGUCUACCAAAUGAUGGGCAAAACAUUUUUGAAGACAACACACCAUUAGAGCAACAGCAGCAGCAGCCUUUCAGUAAAAACACAAGCCCUCCCGUUUUUUUAACAGCAAACGUUAACAGCGGCGCGGAAAAGAAGCCUUACCAGUGCUCCGUGUGCAACAAGAGCUUCACGUGGAACUCGCACCUGGUUGAACAUCAACGCAUACACACGGGCGAGAAACCGUACCGCUGUAAGACGUGUGAUCAGUCCUUCGUGCAGUCGUGCCACUUGAAGACGCACAUGCGCACGCACACAGGCGAGAAGCCCUACCUGUGCACGACGUGCACCCGCAGCUUCUCACGUAGCCACCACUUGAAGGCGCACCAGCGCAUGCACACGGGCCAGAGGCCGUUCCAGUGCAAGAUUUGCAAUCAUAGUUUUUCACGGACGGGGAUGCUGAAGGCACACGAGCGCUCGCACACGGGCGAGAGGCCCUACCGGUGCAAGAUGUGCGACAGCAGCUUCUUGCGUAGCCACCACUUGCAGGUGCACGAGCGCACCCACACUGGCUUCCGGCCGUACCAGUGCAAGGUGUGCUCCAGCAGUUUUAUGCGUAGCCAUCACUUGAAAGUUCACGAGCGCAUGCAUGUCGGAAAUGACUCACAGCAGUGAGGUGUGUGUGUGUGCGCUUGUCUUGAUUCUUCGUGUUUACGUCUGCCCCCCGACGGUUAGGAAUUACCGCAAGGAGUUUGUGGCCAAUGCUGUGAACUGAUGGACAAACCCUCCUGGCCGCAUUUUAGGAAUAGGCAAACUACAGCUUUCAUAUUCUUUGGGUCUUUACCGAAAGACCCGAAAAAUAAUGAAUCCCUGCAGUCACAAAAGCAUUAAGUCAAGAUUUUACAUCUGUCAUUUUAACAAGAUUGAGGAGUGGCUUGAUCAGACGAAGAGUAAAUAAAAAAGGAGUGACCCCAACCAACUAAUUUCAGAAGGAAACCAGGACCCUUAGUUAUGGGGUCAUCAACGGCCUCCAGAUCUCCAACAGCGUUUGUUGCCGAUGGCCACUGCGUGUUCCAUUGCAGCUCAUUGUAAGCACCCAUUGGCUCAGUACUUGGCAAGAGGGAUAUAGCCCUUCAUUGUCAAGACACUAUCACAUGUGAAGAACUGCACAAUCCACAAUAAUACUACAGAAGUAUCGUUACAGGAGCGUUAUUGUUGAGCUGUGAUGUGUGUGUUAACCAAAGUCCCCAUCCAGGUGUUAGACAACAUGAGGAAUGGACUCGUGCUAAGAGGACUACCCAAGAACUAUCCUGACCUCGCAGAGUUAUCCUUUAAAGGCUAAAUAUUUCACGUGGGAUUGAGUGCUUUUACGAACAAUAAGAGAUUACUGCCAUGGGAGUCCUCGCUUUCCCCAGUGGUAGCCAAUCUAUUUCACUUCGGCAUGCUGAACUUCCUGCCCUCUAGUAAGGACAACUGCCUGCACCGCAGGUAGAGGGUGUGUAUCGACAGAAUUAAAAACUACGUGGGACAAACUUGCAGAUCAAAACAUGUAUCAAGGAACACCAGGUUUGCAUUCAAUCAGCCAUUGUGGAACAUAGCUGGUUGGGUCUAACUCAACGUACAGUCUAACAGUGCCGAGGCCCUAGCAAUAACAGAACACUUUCUCUUGUCUAAUAAAAUAAUCCACUGGAAUUGAAAAUAUACCAUAACAUUUUAAUUAACUCUAAAGCAGCUAUUCCGUUUCAGACCUUUCCAGAUGCGCAACUGCACGUGCCCUGAUAGGUCCAGCCAGGCCCAGGACAACCAAUUAUUAUUGUGGGUGGUGACCAUCCAGUUUCUAUGCAAUCAUAGUCCUGGGAGCCAACAGGAUCACCAGGACAAAAGCACACGACAAUAGUGGACAUCAAGGGGCCCUUGAGUACAGACAAGAAUUUUGCUUAGGCUCCAAAAAUUUGCAUCGUGCAACAAACCCAGAGUAUCUGCGAGUCCCAGCCAGUUCGCAUCGAUGGACGCACGUCAGUGGUUGCUGUGAAUUUCGUCACCACUCCCGACACACCAGCCAAUCGGCAGCCAGGAAAACAAUUUUGAUGUCGCAUGGCUAGCGUUGCAUUAAGUCCCUGUGCAAGUGAAUAUUAUUAAGAAACUUGCAGGAACAGCCACGGGAAGCGAUGCCGGCACAUUGAAGAUAUCGACGCAGGCCCUUGUUCACAGAAGAAGAAUGGCCACCAUGAGGCAAUCGUUCCGUCCGUUCAGCCGGGUAUAUGUCAGUGGUGUAUUUUUUUAAAUAACGUGUGAUUUUGUAUUUAGUUGUGCAAGUGUAUGAAUGCAUAUAUGUAAUUACUUAUGUCUGUUUCUUUUCGUGGGAACGUCCAUUUGCGUGUGUGAGAAAGUGUGUUUUUACACUUAUUUAACUUGCCUGUGUAUAUGAUGUGCUGUGUCUGCCUUAAUAUGUGUUCGCUAACAAUAUGUUAAAAGGCUAUAUGAGAAAAUACUUUAAGACGCGGUGGAGAGAAUUUGAUGAAAGCAAGAUGCCUCUGCAGUGGGAAACGCCAGCUGGAGGUGGGAAAAGGUGGUAGCUGUGUUUUUUUAAAACCAUAUCUUUCUAUGUUCUCACGGAAAUGUACGUAUUCCUCUUGCAUAAAUCCCGUAGGGAAUCGGAAGAUUGAGGGAACAAAUGUUCAACACCCACCCUAACCUCGAAGACCACGCAUGUUUCUGCAGAAGCUUACACAAGUUAAAUUAACAAUAGUUUCGAUUUAAAGCUUUCGUGACUGCAGGGAUUCGUCUUCUUGGUUCUUUCGGUAAAGUCACGUAGUAAGGAAAUAAUACAAAUAAAACAUAACCUGUUCUUCACCUGAGGACGGCUGCGUGCGUUGUGGCCGAAACGUGAGAAUUGUAUUUUAUUAUGUUAAAUUUUUUUAUUUUAUUAUUUCCCUUCUACGUGACUUUACCGAAAGAACCAAGAAUAUUAACAAUAGUUAUGGAGUUACGCUUGUACGGUGGUGGUGGUGGUGGUGAUGAACAGUGUAUUUUACUGAUUGUUAAUAUUUUAACGUUACUAAUUCAACACUAUGACAUUUUUAAACAAUGGAACUUUAAAUAAAGGAGUUUUAUCUCCAAACUAUGAUUGCG